AUGUUUGCAACUGCAGUUUUACUAUUCCUUAUUCGCACCGUUACGAGCUGCCAAGAGUCACGAUGCAACGGAACGUCCUCGUUACCAAACGCCCGCUUAAUAGGAAGAGCCUUCCUUGUACAAGAAGCUAAAAACAUGGGAGACUGCAUUGACAUCUGCGACAAGCUUUCACAGUGUCGAAGUAUAAACUUCAAUUGGGUUCAUUUUCUCUGUGAAUUAAACAAAGCCGAUGUCCAUAUUGCUCCCCAAAGUCUUAUUACUUCUAAAGGAUUUGUGUACUUGGAUAAUCCAUGGAUAAAAUUUCAGCUGGUGAGUUGUGGGAAGGUAUUUGUUGAAAGCUUGGAAACACAGCAUUUUUCCCUGAAUAGGAAAAUUGGAGCACUAUAAAAUGUUAUUAGUAAACAGCGUUUAUGUAUGUUUUUUUGUUAUUUUAAUGUUUUGUUUUUUAUUCAGCCUGUUUUCUACAGUGUUGUUAUAAUGUUAAAGUUUCCGGGGAUUUAAAAAUUGAAAAAAUAGCCUGUUUAGUUUUUGUUGAGUUUGUUACGUAAUACGAGAAUGCAGCUGCGUCGUAUUAUUUUCUGUGGCAGCCCUAUUAGGUGUAAUCUUAAGAUUUAAGAAGGGAGGUGAAAUAAUCGACCAGCAUUGAAACCCAACAACAUAAGGUACAGUAGCGUCAUCGUUUCGAACAUUUUUUAUUUUAGUCGUCGAUCCUUGUGAGUUCGGAAAAACAAUGUUUUCAUAAACUCUCCACUUUAGAGCGUUUUUAAAAGUUGAGUUUUCGUUGAGGCAAAUAAAGAAGCAAAUAACAACAACAAGCCGUUUUAUUACGGGUGGAUUCAUUUGCAACAUACGCGUAUAGCUGCCGCAUUUGCCUGUUGGAAUUUUCAUCAGUUGCUUUAAAGCCUAAAAACAAUACAAAAUUCCAAUCGGUAAAUGCUGACAGCUAUACGCGUAUGUUGUAGUCUGUGUAGCUGGUGAGAUUCUCGUACCCGGGGUACUUUCAUGACGGCCACCCGGAACCACCACGCGAAGCGAGGGGUGAAGCCUCGCGCUAAUCCCGCCAGCUACGCGGGCUACGUGUGUUGCAAAUGAUCCACCCUACGUAUACCUGUGGACGGGGCCUCAAAUUCUCUCGAGAGUUGAAUUUCAUGCAUCUGACAUGACAAGUUGUGAAAACUACUGCAUUUGCAUGUUCUCAGUGGACUAAGAAACAUGUUGAGCUUCCUGUUCUAUAAUUUGCAUUGUAUUUAUUCACUUUGGUCCCAUUUAAGCUAAAGGUCACAGCUUAAAAAUGAAUCAAGUGAAACAGGGUCUGGUCAUGUGUGGUGAUUCAACUUUGCUUGAACCUUGGCAAGGAGUGACUUGAAAAGUUAAGGGCUGAGUUUUUUGAGGGCAAGACACAAAGGCGAGAUGAAAAUUGUGUUUUGAACGCCGUAAAUCAAACAAAUGUAUGUGUUAUUCACGGUAUUACUUUAUAUGGUGGUUUUCUUUUUUUCUUUUUUUGUUUCAUUUUGAUAGCUUAAAUUUUUUUCCGCGAAAAAGUUGAAAUUUCUUAUGGCCGGUACGAAACACAGGUCACUAGUGUAGGCACAGUUGAGGUGACUGGUUAUGAAAGCCCGCAAACACCAAAGAUGAAAACAACGGUGUUGCAGAUUAGUUUGGAAGCUCCCUGACUGUGCAAAUGCAAUCCUUUGUUUUUUUUUGUUCACAAAUUGUGGCUGAAUAAAUUGAUGCGAUGUUUCUUUCGAGUGUUGUCACAUGACGUCACGGCGGCCAUAUUGGUGUUCCAAAACAACCCUGUGGGAAUUGAACUCUUCUCUCAUGUAAAAACUUUUUUUUGUUCCAAUAGAUCAGCAUAGAUGCUGGCCACGUGAGUGAAAACGCUCGAUUGGCCAGUAAGUACAAAAUGGUAGAACAGAAAGAUAUAACAAAGAGGACUGUCGGGCUUCAUAACCAUUCCACUUUAUUAACUAUUGUACAGCUCACUCCUCUAUUGAUAAAAUAUAAAUUACUGCAUAAGCAGUUUCCCCGCUAAUGUUCGGAUUGUGAUUAGGGCUAUGGGACACUUUUGGUGUUGUUUAUUUACCGUAGCAUGGUGACCUGUAAUCUAACCUGCAUUUGUGACCUGUGACGUGCUACGUUUUGUACCUGUCGAUCGAGUUUCUUCCGUACAACAUCGAUAGAACAUGUAGAACAAAACUUUAUGUUUCCUGGGACAAGGCGUCCAUGUUGACAAAACAAUGAAAAACAUUUUCGCACAACCAAAUUUGCAUGAAAAAUAAAGGUUACUUCCAGUUGAGGAUAUUCGGUUAAGAAUUUUGGUCGUUUAAGGGCUUAAUAUUGGUUGGAGGUCCGGGAUGCAGGAUUAGAAUCCAUGUAACUCAGGUAAAGUCCAACAAUGCUAAAUGUCGCCAUUUUCUGCUUGUUUGUCAGACAUCGUGUGCGCACAUUCAGCAAUUAGUCCCGGAUGCUAAAUCUGGCUACUACAGGGUUCACAUAAAAGGCACGAAGGCGCAAGUGUACUGCGACAUGGACAAUUAUGGUAUGAACACUUUGUAUCCUGCAUCACUUUCAAUUGUCUUUAUUGCUACUUAAUCCACAUCUAAAUUUACUAGCUACAGGGCGCGGUUAAGUAGGCGGGGGGAGGCGGGGGCAGGGAAUGGUAGGCCGAGAGAAUAAUGUGCGGCAAGGUUACUCGAAAUGGCAGAGAAAAGAGCGGGAGGAGCUCCGAAAGGAACAAUGAUUUCCGCCACAAUCAAAAAUAGGCUAAAGCCAGGAAGCGGGUGGAAGCCGGGAGCGUCAUUUUCGAAAAAUACAGAUCUACAAGUAGCGUACGUUUUCGAAUCAUUUUCUCCCUUUUACAUGAAAGCGCUUCAACAAUGGAAAUACAUACCAGGUUAGUUUUGAAAAUUGGGGGAUACCUUAACUACCUUUGUUUUUGAGUCUUUCUUUUAAUUCUUGAAAACUGUUUCUUCUUUGCACUAAUUGACUUAAAAUUGUUGAAGCUUCUUGAAUUCUCCAAAAAAAAAUAAUAAUAAUAACACUGAAGACUGAGGCCUGGUUCCGACGCCGUACUUUUCAUGUGCCGAACCUAAUUGAAUAAGUUCGACUUUCGAGCGACACUGGCGCGAUGUCUGAUUCAGAAGGCUCACCGUGUGUCGCAGUUAAGUUCGACAAAAGUUCGACAGACUCUGUAGAACUUAAUGCUUUUGCCGCACCAAACUAAAACUGGGGUACCAAAUAGACUUCUUUAGCUUGUAUGUUUUGUUUCCCAAUAGACUUCCCGGGGAAAAUUAACCCUUUGUCUUCUCAUAAAUUAUGAGUAGGUAUGUACGUGAAUAAGACGAAAUGUGAAUGGAACAGUUCUCUAGAGUAUUAGCACAUGACCAGUGUAUUGGGAAAACAAAACAUACAAGCUAUAAAAAGGUCUUUUGAUUCAGACGCCGCUCAUUUGCCGUACUUAAUUCAUCAGCUAGGUUCGGCACAUGAUUGGAGCGGCGUCUGCACCGGAUCUUAGGCUACGUUCACACGGGGCACCGCAAGAAUUUUCAACCGCUUGAAAAUUCGUGUGGUACCACAACCGUAGGAAAAUUUAGAUGCGUAGCCAUUCAAAGUUCGGUGUGAACAGAACAAAAAUAUUGAAUGGUCCCGUGUGAACGUAGACUUUAGUAAAAGUUCUUUAUUUUUUUUCUUGGUUGGUUAUACCAUUUUAACUAGUCAUACUCAUUUGGCACGAGAUUCACCGGUCGAAAGUUCUACCGGUAACGUCAUGAUAAUUGACCAAUAGGCAGUGAACGAUAUUUCACGCCGCUCCCGACACAGCAUUUGUCAAGCAUUGUUUUCCCGCGUAAAUUUAUAAUAUGAUUCAAAUCCAUUUAGAAAAAGUCGACCUUCGUGACUCCCUCGCUCGCUCAGUCGCUGCACGACCUUAUGCAUCGAAGCUCGCUUCGCUGUUUUCAAGAACUUAUGACAGGUGGACUUGCAGCAAGUCUAGCACGGCGCACGGGACGAAUUUUCAACCGGUUGAAAAUUCAUGCGGUAUAGAAGGUGUUCCGUUCACACGGAACCACCACAACCGUACUAAAAUUUAGACGCGUAGGCAUUCAAAGUUCUGCGUGAACAGAACGAAAAUAUUGAAUGGUCCCGUGUGAGCGAAGUGCCCGGUCAAAAUUUUCAGCCGGUCGAAAAUUCGUCCCACGGUAAUUUUCAAAGAGUUAUAAUAACUUCUCUAGUGGGGUUAAUUAACUCCUUACAGUGGAGUUAUUUUUGGGGGAGUUAUUUUAUCAGUCGAAAAAGGACUUUAAAGACUCUUUUUCAGGAAUAAAAAUCACCUCAGAUUUGGAGUUAAUUUUGAGGAGUUAAAGUAAUCCCCCAAAAGGGGUUAUCCUGUACCUACAAUUUUUAAAUUUUGGGGGUUAUAAUAACUCCCGAAAAAUUAUGUUGCCGGUGUCAUGUAACCGUAACCUGCAUAAUGUAUGGCGAAUCUAAUAAGUCAGGGAAAACAAUGCACCCCAACCUCCAAUAAUGUCUUUUGGAAAGCUUCCAGUCACCAGAAGCACUAAUAAAAAAGAAUGAUCAUUUACAUCAUUUGAAACAUUAGGUGGAGGAUGGACGCUUGUUGCAAGCAUCAGUUCUUCCAGCAAUGACCAUCUUUUGAGAGCAGAAGUCAACUGCUACAAUUCAACACGUUGCGUUGAGUUUGAGUUAACCAACACGUCAAUUCCAUGCAGAAAGUUAUCAGAUCCGGAUAUUCACGAGAUUGCAACACAGGAAGGUAUAUACCGUAUUUCCUUGAAUAAGCGCCUUCCCCGAAUAAGCGUCCAACCGUGCCCCUUUCGAAUAAGAGCUCCCGUUCCCUCCCUUCUUACUUUCCCAAAUAGUAUGGCUACAAGAAAACCUGUUUCUAUCGCCAUAUUAUUGGUGUCAUAAUCGAUAUUUGAUGAUGAUGAUAAUCAUAAUAGUAAUCAGUUCUUGUUUUGCUAAAAAGAUGCUUUCCAAAAAAAGGGAUUUUUCUCGUUUAAAAUGUCAGCUUAAGCAAAAAAAAUUGACACAGCAUUUUUGUAAAGAUUUUACAAGUUUCAGUCGAAAAGGGAAUGCGCAAUGAGUAAACUUGUCGAGUUUUCAACUCAAAAGCGUUUUCAGAUUGGUGCAUGCGUGGUUACCGCGCGAAAAGCAACACACCUUGACGUCACAGCCAUGUUUACAUACUCUUAUGCAAACACGCCUCUCGGCCAAUCAGAGCGCGCGUACUGUCUUAGUUAUUUUAUAAAAAGGCUUAUAAGUGUGCGGUGUGUAAGUGUUGGUGGGCGGGGGAAACUUAUAAGCGGUAGUUUAAGGUCUACCGUUGGACGGAACAUACACAUAAGCAUGCUAGCAAACAUUGGGACUAUAAGCAGGUAAAAAGCUAUGAAUUUCAUGCACAAGGUUACGAAACAGGUCAUCAAUACCAAAAGGUGGUCCAUAAAAAUCCUUGCUAAGUGCAUGUCUGCUUUAAAUUUUUGUCAAUGGCAAAUAUUCUGACUACAGUUUCUUUAACUAGGUACCUUCAGGGUUGAUCAAGUCAACGAUGGAUAUACUGCAUUUUAUCAGGUAAAAGCAUACGUAAUUAGCUUGCUGCUGUGUAAGUGGGAGGAUUAAGGUUUCAAUGAUUCUUUAUCUGGAAGGUUUUAUUCAUUUAAAAGUUCUUUGAAACCUUGCCUUAUUCAGAAUCGCUGCAGGCAACAGUUUUGCGUUUUUAAUCGAUUCCUUUUGCGCUCUUCUUUCUCUUUAAUCUUUUGCUUCAAAACUCAUAACCUUGUUUUUUUAUAAGAACUUCAAAAACUCAUUAAUAAUUCAUAAAUAAAAAACAACAGAAAUUAAUGUUUAAUAAGUGUCUUUACAUCUGAUAAAGAUACGGCUAAGCUUUAUGUUCAAUUUUUUAGACCAAAAUAACUUCAAAUCUUAGUAUUAGUGCAAGAAUGAAUUGAUCUAUAUCAGAGAUUCUGAAGUCGUUCAUAAAACGAGCAGUCAUGUAUUAUCAGGUUUAAAAACUUUCGGCUUCGCCUCGAGGUUUUAAACCUGACGAUACACUCCUGCUCGUUUGUUAAACAGCACCUGUUAUUCACCUUGUUUUCUUCUAUGUAGUGGUUAUUGAGACCUUUUAACAACAGCCUUAGUUAACCAUUUUCCCAUUGCUCAGCUAUUUAUUGCUAUCUUUGAUAUUCCUUUGAAAUUAUCCCCUAGCUUAUCUAGUUUUGCUAUGAUCUACGAUAGGUAUCUAAAAGGCGGCGUUUUGGAGCGAUGAAGUCACGAGAAGAAGACCCAACCAUAUGAUAGACUUUCAGAACGUUUAAUUAAAGGGCUAAGUACCUUCAAACCACUUUCACCCUUUAAGUCCUAAGAGUGAUCAGCAUCAAAUUUCUCGUUGUAAUAUCAAUGCUUUGUAAAACAGAGUGGUCAUGAGAAUUACAGACAAGAUAGCACACAAAGUGAAUUUGCGUGAUAUUUUAUCAAGUCUCGCCACAACUUCUGUAGGAAAUGAAUAGGGGCAACAAAUGAGAACUUUGAUUUUGAUCUUACGGUUUAAAGGGUUAAUAAGGACACUGAGAGGACACUGAAAGUACCAAGUGGGGUUUGACUGUACUGCCAGUUGUAAUGCGCGCGUAUAACGUUUUACUGUUUACUGCUUUACAGAUUCCAGGAGGAGUGAGACAGUUUAAUUCUGAAUGCUACACCUACAGGUAAUAAAACUACAAUACCAAUGAUGAAAUUUUGUAACGCUUAAAAUGUCCCCCCCCCCCCCCAACCCAACCUUCUUUUGCCCCCCAAUUCCCUCCCCCCCAAUUCUUUUUCCCUUUGUUUUUUUGGCCCCUUUGGUCCGAAAAAUUUCGAAUUGCUUUUAAAAAGUUUUUUUUGGUUUUGACCGCCUUUUAUUAAAACUUCUAAUUUCUUUAAGUUUGGCCAUUUGUGGAUAAAAUGACCCCCCCCCCCCCCCAACCCAACCUUGCUUUGCCCGCCAUUACUCAUCCUACACAUUCAUUUCCCUUUGAUGUUUUGAGCCCCUUUGGAUCGAAGAAUUCGAAAUCGGUUCAAAAAUGCUGUUGUGCGUUUAGCAGCGCUUAAUUAUAAUCAUCGAAUUCCUUAAGAUUGGAGCAUCUAGGGAUCAAGUGGCCCAAGUGGAGGGGAUGGUGGUGGUGGUGGUGUGGGGGGGUGGGGGUGGUUGAAGAGGAUGGCCCCCAUUUUAUUUUAAGGCCAAAACUGAGGCCGGUAGGACUGCAGCUGGGAAAAACUAUUUUUGAGGUCAUCCCCUCUUAUUUGUCUAGAUUAGCGAACUGCCACUUACUUCAAUCAAUCUAUCAAUCAAUCAAUCAUUUAUUUUAACUCGUUACGUCAAAGAGCUAAAAAACUCGUUCAAAAUACGAACGUGUAUAAAUAAAAUCUACAAUAAUUACGGCUAUUUUAUAAUAUUAUUCAAUUUUAAAAACAACUCAAUAAAUGUAUACAUAUAAAAAACUUGGUAAAAAAAAAUAUAUAAUAAGCUAAAACCGACUACAAAGCCACAUACUAAAAACGUGACUAGGAAAACUAUAAUACUCGUUCUAAAAACAGUUAAAAGCUACAAUCGUGCAUUAUAAGACACGUUCUAAAAAGCUGCAAUCGUGCAAUUUACUUCUGAAGUCAUUCGCAUCACUUGAAAGACGCACUUAAGAAGGUAAGCUGUUCCAUAACUUAGUUAAUGAAUAAGUGAAAGAAUUAAAUUUAAGAUUAAAGUUAAGUAAUUCCAAACUCAAGCCCUCGCCUCUUAGCCUAUACGGUGUAUGCCUGUAUUUAAAAAGGCUUCCAAUAUAAGUAGGUCCGGUACCAUUUAAGCAUUUAAAAAGAAGUAUUAACGCCUGGUGUAAGCGCCUACAAUAUAAGGAUGUCAUGCUAGCCGUAGUGAGCAGCUCAUUUAUCAGUGUGGUUUCAGGAAACAUCAUUUUACGAAAUUUCGGCUUUAUCUUUUGCUGGUACAAUAAGGGGUAACAUUGAUCAAGGUGAAAUGACUAGAGCUGUUUUUAUAGACUUCCGCAAGGCCUUUGAUAGCGUGAAUCAUUCCCUGGUAUUAAAGAAGCUUUAUGCCCUUGGUAUCGUACAUCAAGAAUAGAAGUGGUUUGCUGACUGUCUUAAAGAUAGAACUCGGAUCGUUGUGUUCAAGGUAGCUUUCUCAGACGCUGAAUCUAUUUUUGUUGGUGUGCCUCAAAGAUCAAUCCUCGGACCUCUUUUAUUUGUGCUUCAUGUGAACGAUUUACCCACUGUUGCUGGCAAGUGUAGUAUGCUAAUGUACGCUGAUGACACUGUCUUAUUCUAUUUUGGAAAGGUUGCUGCUGCCAUUGAGAAAAGUUUCAAUAAAGAUCCUGGUUCCAUGAUGUAACUUUUAAGAGCCGAUACAUUAAGCGGGUGUUUGAAUUUAAGUAUUUAAGAUUUGUAUUUGAUGAAUAUAUUUCUUGGAAUUCUCAUGUUAAGUACGUAUUAUCCCGAGCUGGAAACCGACUGGGAAUACCAAGACGCAUCAGGGGAAUUUUACAUCAGACUGUGCUAAUUCCAUUUACACAGCUUAUAUUGGUGUGGAAUGGCUACGGAGUCAGCAACAGUUCGUCACUAGAGAGGCUUCCAAUACGUACCAAAACAAUGAGCGACAAUGACAAAGCUUUAUAUAUUAUCUUAAAUGGUCGUCUUUUGUAAAUAGACGAGAGAACCAUGUUAAUGAACUCGUUAAAAUAUGCAUUAAAGGACCCUGCCUACAAAUAUAUAAAAAAUAUUUCACAUUUGAUAGUUCAGUACAUAAUCGCAAUGCUAGGCAAAUGAACAGGUUGCACUUGGCAAGAUUUCGAACUACUGACAUUUCUAGAUUAAAACUCUUUUUAUUACAAUGGUUGUAGAAGGUAAACUUUUAAUGUUUUUUUAUUGAUUUUAUUCUUAUUUAUUGCAACUUUACAUGGUCCAUACCUUAAGAAUAAACUUUUUCUUAGCGUUUACCUGUAGAAUUCACAUCUCUGUAUUGUAUAGUUUUAUCAGGGCCCCGGUAAUUGAUAGAAGAGGUAAGUCGUCGGAAUGGGCUACCCUAAUACGAACAAACAAAGGUCUUCCGUUUCUCUUAUUUGAAAACGCGAACCUGCUGCUGCUAUAGAUAGUUAUCUCUUCAAGUAAAACCUUGUUGAUUUUUUUUUCUUCCCAGCUGCCCUCGAAUCAUAGUGUCGCACGUGUACCCCUAUCAGUGGGAAUCAAAUUGCAGAGGGGUACUCAACGGUUACCCUAUA